UGUCAAAGAUGCGGAAUACGUGUAAUUGUGCCGGGAAAAAUAAACAACCUGAGGACCAAAAUUAUCUGAGCUGUGUCAGUGCGUCGCUGAACAACAGAAAUUCAAAAUAGAAGAAGCUGUGUCUGGAAAAGCACCAUGGUUCCCCUUUGCAACCCUACGCUUUCUCUGCCCCUCCCGAUUCCGACGAAAGCCAACAACCGCUCCUCGAAUUCAAUUAUCACCAACUCUGCUUCUUCCAGCAAGAGGCAGCGAACAACUACAACUACUUCCUUUUCGCCCUUCGAAACACGAGUCUCACUCAUUUUCGCCCUUGCUUCUCAAGCUACCUCUCUCUCCCAGCGACGUAAAUUUAUAGCUGACAUGGCUUCUGAGACUGCAAAGUACGUGUUUCCUAAAAGAUUUGAAAGCCGCACGCUCGAGGAGGCCUUCAUGACAGUUCCCGACCUUGAGACUCUCAACUUCAAAGUUCUUAGUAGAACGGACUCCUAUGAGAUUCGGGAAGUUGAGCCUUAUUUUGUGGCAGAGACUACAAUGCCUGGGAAGACUGGCUUUGAUUUUAAUGGUUCUUCUCAAUCCUUUAACGUCCUAGCUGAGUACCUCUUCGGUAAGAAUACAAGAAAGGAAAAAAUGGAGAUGACUACACCAGUGAUUACAACUAAGAAUCCCUCGGAUGGGGUUAAAAUGGAGAUGACUACCCCUGUGCUAACAACAAAGUCAGAAGAUCCAGAUAAAUGGAAAAUGUCUUUUGUCAUGCCAUCAAAAUAUGGUGCUGAUCUGCCACUGCCUAGAGACUCCUCUGUGAGGAUUAAAGAGAUCCCCAGAAAAACAGUUGCUGUAGUUUCAUUUUCAGGUUUUGUGAAUGAUGAAGAAGUCAAGCAUCGUGAACUGAAAUUACGCGAAGCCUUGAAAAGUGACAGACAGUUCAAAAUUAAAGAGGGAAGUUCAGUAGAAGUUGGACAAGUGAGAUGCUUAUUGCAAACCUUAGGCUAAAGUACAAUCCACCAUUUACCCUACCAUUUCAACGGCGCAAUGAAAUGGCAUUGGAGGUGGAACGGAAAGAUGAGUAGGAAUAAACUUGAAUAUUUACCAUUCCUAUUAUAAGUUGUAAAAUUUAACACAGUUAGCAUAAUGAGGGAACAAGAUCUUUGAAGUCAUGUUGAUGCUUGCCUUUUUGUAAAUAUACUGACAUUGAAAAAUUUAGAAUCAAAUAUAUGGAGAAUAUACCAAUUUCAUAUGUUUUAAA